AUGUGUCAGGGUUUGACUCACAGUAGAAAGCGACUGCUGCUUCAGAAGGACUACAGCUUCCUGAGAGACAUAAACAUCUGGGGUCCAUUUGUCACUAUCGGGGUCUACUCCUCCACUCUCUCUGCUGCCAUGAGUAACCUGAUCGGAGCCUCUCGCAUCCUCUACGCCCUGGCCCGGGACGACCUGUUUGGAAAGGCCCUGUCACCGGCCAAGAAGACGUCACACAGCGGUAACCCUUGGAUGUCCGUGCUCAUCUCCUGGUUUCUUGUUCAGCUGGUGCUCUUCUCUGGAAAGCUGAACACCAUCGCCAGCAUCGUGACCAUCUUCUUCCUGCUGGUGUACGCGGCUGUGGACCUGGCCUGUCUCGCUCUGGAAUGGGCCUCUGCUCCAAAUUUCAGAACAAUCCAGUGCUUUGAGAACAAUAAACCAUGGAUUACCGCUGAGGUGAAGAACGUUCUGAAUAAGAAAAAGAGGGUUUUUGGAAGCGGGGAUUGUGAGAAGAUAAGAGAGCUGGUGCUCUUCUCUGGAAAGCUGAACACCAUCGCCAGCAUCGUGACCAUCUUCUUCCUGCUGGUGUACGCGGCUGUGGACCUGGCCUGUCUCGCUCUGGAAUGGGCCUCUGCUCCAAAUUUCAGGAUCACCUACCAGGACACCAACUACAGGCGCUCUAUUCCAGCUGAAGAGCGCCUGUCCAUCUGUCUGCGGUUUCUUGCCACUGGGGACUCCUACAGGACCAUUGCGGGGAGCUUCAGAGCGGGCAUAUCCACCGUCUCCAUGCUCAUCCCAGAUGUGGUGGCAGCCAUCUGGGACUGCCUCGUGGAGGAGUUCAUGGCUGUGCCUGGAGCAGAGGAGUGGAGGUAA